AUUUGUCCACAUCACUAGAUUCCAUAAAAAUCACCAACGACGGCGCCACAUGUGAUUAUUUUAUUUGACAGAAAGCAGCUCAACACCUUGAUCGGGACUGAUGCACACUUUCGCCGCCUCCGCCGCAGGGAACAGAAAGUGAGCGUUCCUUUGACUUUGACCUCAUCUCUGCUCCGAUUGCUAAAUUUUCAGUUCUUGGCUUCGAUUCUGUGAUUAAUGGAGCCUCCAUUGAUGGUUUUUCCGGAGAGGUUCGUGCUUACAAACGAGGUUCAUUCAAAACAAUAUAAAAGAAGGAAGCUACAACGUGAUGAAAUAGACAAUGGUACCAUGGCCACCCGUGCAAAUACUCAGGAUAAAACUAAAGAGAAGAAGCAGAAAGUCUCUCCCAAUGUUAUAGAUUAUUCUGAUCCAUUUGCAAUCUCUAAUAUGCUGGACACAUUUAAUGCUGGUGGUAAAUAUGGGAGUGUUACAAAGGAAAUAGAUGCCCUUGUUUUGAGGAACACAGAAAUGUUAAACCCUUUUCUGGUUAUGUAUCCGGUUCUUUCAACCAUGUUCCCCGAUGGGAAGAAUGACCUGGAGAAAGAGGCUUUGGAGUUGGCAACUAUACAAGCAGCGCGUGAUAAUGUUGUCGGCUUUGGGGAUGACAAUGUUGCAAAUCAUGUUACAACAAAAAUAUCACCUGUUGUGAUUCCUGAUUCAGAUGAUGAAGACAAUGGAAUAGAAAAGCCGCAGCAUAACUCUCUGGAAGUUUCUGUGUGGAAGCCUCCUGCGUCUGCUGGACAAUUUCUUGUUAGGGACAUUGGGUUUAGGGAGUAUAUGGAGAAGAGAAUGUACAGGGACGAAAAAGUUGCUCUCCCCAAUGCAGUUAAUAAAAAGAGUCUCUCCAGAGCAGUUGGUACGAAAAGUCUCUCCGGUGCAGUCGAUAUCAAGAAGGAUGAGGGUGUUUAUCUUGGUGUCGAAGAGGAUUUUGAUGAUCAAACUGAGCCCAAGGAUGACGGUUUGGGUGAUAUCUGGAAGGAAAUGACAAUGGCAUUAGAGUGUUCUAAGGAAGUUUCUGAGGAUCCUUCUUCUGAGGAACACGUAGAAGAAGAUGAGGAUUGUGAUCAUUCUUUUGUCUUGAAAGAUGAUAUUGGUUAUGUCUGUCGCAUUUGUGGUGUCAUUGAAAAAGGAAUUGAGACCAUAAUUGACAUUCAGUUUAACAAGACCAAAAGGAGUACAAGGACAUAUGCAAAUGAGCCGCGGAAUACCAAGGACAGAGAGUCAACUGGAGCAGUUGGGGUUAAACUGUCUAAAGAUGAUUUAAUAGCAAUUGACAUCACUGCUCAUCCAAGGCAUAUGAAGCAAAUGAAGCCUCAUCAGGUGGAGGGCUUUAAUUUUCUUCUCAGUAACUUGGUCACAGAGAAUCCUGGGGGCUGCAUUUUGGCACAUGCACCUGGAUCUGGCAAGACUUUUAUGAUCAUAAGUUUUAUGCAGAGCUUCCUAGCCAAAUAUCCACAUGCUAAACCACUGGUUGUGCUUCCUAAAGGUAUCUUGGCUACAUGGAAAAAGGAGUUUGAAACAUGGCAAGUCGAGGAUAUUCCACUGUUUGAUUUUUACUCUGUUAAAGCAGACAAUAGGGCUCAGCAAUUGGAGGUACUGAAGCAGUGGGUUGAGAAGAAGAGUAUCCUUUUCCUAGGGUACAAACAGUUCUCUACCAUCAUUUGUGAUGGUGGAACAAGCAACACAUCUGUUACAUGUCAAGAAAUACUGCUCAAGGCACCUACAAUUCUAAUUUUAGAUGAGGGGCAUACACCUAGGAAUGAGAAUACUGAUGUGUUGCAAUCCCUUGCAAAAAUACAAACACCUAGAAAAGUUGUACUUUCAGGAACUCUCUACCAAAACCAUGUUAAAGAGGUAUUCAAUAUUUUGAAUCUUGUUCGGCCAAAGUUUCUUAGGAUCGAUACAUCCAGAGCAGUUAUUAAGCGGAUAUUGAGUAAAGUAAAUAUAUCUGGUGUGAGGAAGCAGCUCAAAGCAGGUGCAGAUGCAGUCUUUUAUGAUUUGGUGGAGCACACACUACAAAAAGAUGAAAAUUUCGAGAGAAAAACCUCUGUCAUACAUGAUCUACGUGAGAUGACAAGCAGGGUGCUUCACUACUACAAGGGAGAUUUCUUGGAUGAGCUUCCUGGCCUUGUUGAUUUUACUGUAGUUCUCAAUCUCAGUUCCAGACAGAAGAAUGAAGUCCAGAACCUGAAGAAGUUUCAGAGAAAGUUUAAGAUUUCCUCUGUUGGAAGUGCUGUUUAUCUCCAUCCAAAACUGAAUUCUUUCUCUGAGAGAUCUGUUGCAACAGAUGUUCAAAUGGAUGAGAUGUUAGAGAAACUAGAUGUAAAUGAUGGGAUCAAAGCAAAAUUCUUUCUUAACAUGUUAAACUUAUGUGAUUCAGCUGGUGAGAAAAUGCUUGUCUUUAGCCAGUACCUCACACCCUUGAAAUUUUUGGAGAGACUAGCAGUUAAGAUGAAGGGCUGGCAUCUAGGUCGUGAAAUCUUUUCAAUAACAGGCGACUCAAGCUCUGAUGAACGGGAAUAUUCUAUGGAGCGUUUCAACAACUCCCCUGAUGCUAGAGUUUUCUUUGGAUCAAUCAAGGCUUGUGGAGAAGGAAUUUCUUUGGUGGGGGCAUCCCGCAUUAUAAUUCUAGAUGUUCACCUCAAUCCUUCUGUGACCCGCCAAGCUAUAGGCCGUGCAUUUCGACCUGGCCAGAAGAAGAAAGUAUACGCAUAUAGGCUGAUUGCUGCUGAUUCGCCUGAAGAGGAAGAUCAUAGUACUUGCUUCAAGAAGGAAUUAAUUGCAAAGAUGUGGUUUGAAUGGAAUGAGUACUGUGGUUACCGGGAUUUUCAAGUAGAGACUGUUGAUGUCAACGUUUGUGAUGAUCUCUUUUUGGACAGCCCACUGUUAAGGGAAGAUAUAAGGGUUCUUUACAGAAGGUAGUUGCUGAGAGCAUAGCGCUGACUGGCUGAGUCAGUGACUCAGGCACAACGUUGCAGGGAUGAAGAGUGGCUUACCCUGGGUAGGCACAAUAAUGCCUAUCCUCACUGGCUGUAGUCAUUUAUCUUUAAGACGGUUUUCCUUGGUUUUAUGAACUUCUCAGUGCAAUCUAGUUGAGUUGCUGAAAAGCAAUUUAGUAUCCUAGAUGCUAUAGAGAUGAUGAUCCAUUUCAGAUGGCUCCUUUAUUGGAGGCUUUUAAACCUACCUUCAGGGGCGCAGAAGCUGUUGAGCAAACCUAGACGCUCAAAUAAGAGAAUGAAAGUUCUGUCAAUAC